AACAACAUAUUUUAAAGGCAUCCACCUAUCCUGUACAAAGAUAACGAGUAUCCUUUUGGCACAUGUGGCUUCCGUAUUACUUCGAUGCUGGUUGGCCUAAUCGAUAUUCUCACAUGUGGCCACACGCUGAGCCACUCGGCCACCACCACACACAUUAUUAAUUUUCUCUCGGUGCAGAAAUCUCCUGCCCUGCAUGAACAUGCCCGCAGAACCCAGUGCCUUUCUAAUAGGUGAAGCCGUUGUUGGGCAUCGUUCCGUGAGGGUUACCUGUUUGGCGCUAGCUGCAUCGUAACCAGUGGUUUGGUCAUUUGACAGAAAGAGAGGUCUCCAAUUUACAGGUUGUCGUGCUAUAGGCUACUACUGGAACCAUUGAGACAUUUUCGCAGCGUUAGUCAUCGCACUAGCCGCAGUGUAGCCUUGUCUCUGAAUAGCCAGCCCUGUAGUUCAGUACGCACUCUUCUAAGUGUUGGGUUUGGUUGAUCCUAUCAUUUUAAACCGAACCGCAACCGAACCAUAUGCUGCUGCUAUAAUGGUCGUCCAUGGUUCUGACUUCGGGCGGUUUCUCUGACCUGUUGUCAGUGGUCUGAGGGGUGUUGGGCCAGUGUGUUGGGCGCGCGGCUCCGGUCAUUAGUGUUUGCGCAGGAAGUGGCAGCCGACGCCAGUGGCCGAGCAGGUGAUGUUUGCUCACGUAAGCCGUUCGCGUUUGAGGGGUGCAAGGGACGCGGCUGGAGGGAUUGCGCUGUUGCAUCGCCUAACUGGAUAACCAGAUAACCGCUGUCUUCUGUAGUCUCCGUUUUACCGAAAAGGAACCCGAUUUUUCUACACUUCUGAAGGUGGAUCAAGAAGCCCGACCUUGUGUGUGUCUGUCUGUGUAUUUAUGCUUUUUUUUUCUGUGUGCGGAAUCUAACAAUAAUUUUCUGUUAUAGAAAGGCAAUGCGCCCACCCAUGCGAUGACAUUUGUUGGAGAGAGAGGAUAGACUGUAGAGGCUUCAUGCAGAACCUCUGGUUUCGAGUAGAGGGUAAUUUACGAGUCUUGGUUUGCGUUUCAGGAGAAAAAAAUUGUGUUGAAGGAGAAUGCAGCAACCACAUUUUUAACCAUGCAGAACCGGGCUGUUUCCGCUUCUUAGGCUGGUGUGUCCCCAUCUGAAAGUUUAUGGGGAAAGCGGCAGACACAGAUGGCAUGGACACUUAUACAAGGUCUGCCGCUCUGCCCUGCUAUCGGAGCCUAUUCGCAGUCUCCCACUUCAACCCCGCUCCGUCAUCCGCGCCCCUUAGCCGCCCCAGCACUGCAGCAACCGAGCCACGGCCGACGGCAUGAGGCUUGAUCCGGUGCAUUUCUCCAUGCUGGUCAUCGGGGUCUCCUUUGCCUGUUACGCCCCGAGUCUCAAUUCCCUCCAGGACCAGGCAUAUCGAUCUGCCGUGGUCAUCGAGGGCGAGGUGCGCUCCUCACCGGAAAACGUCUCUCGGGAGCCUUACAGUGUAAAUGUCAAAGUGCUGGACGUGUGGCCCGUGAACAGCGGCGGGCUCGAGCGGGAGCAGCUCGUGACUGUCGGAGACUUCAGUUCCGAGGCCCCGUGCACCACUGUGGAGGAGAACCACAGAUAUAUAUUUUUCAUGGACCCAACAGGCGAGCCUUUAGUAUUCAAGGCAUCGUUUGCUCCGCUGGAUGCCAGCGGAACGGACCUGAAGAAGGAUGUGGAGAGCGUGUUGUGUGAGGACUGCGCUGUGGCCCCUAAGUUGCGGCCGAUGCGGGGCCAGUCUCUAAUGGAGGGGGAGAGGCUGUAUCUGAAGUGUGAGGCGUCAGGGAACCCUAGCCCCUCCUUCCGAUGGUAUAAAGAUGGCCGAGAGCUCCAGAGGGGAAAAGAUGUCAAAAUCAAGACCAAUAAGAAAAACUCCAAGGUCCAGAUCAACCGAGCGAGGCUGGAGGAUUCUGGCAACUACACGUGUGUGGUUGAGAACAUGCUGGGCCAGGAGAGCACUACGAGCAGCAUCAGUGUGCAGAGCCUGACCACUACUCUGUCUCCAGGCUCGAGUCACGCCCGGCGCUGUAACGACACAGAGAAGUCGUACUGUGUGAACGGUGGAGACUGUUAUUUCAUACACGGUAUAAACCAACUGUCNCACGCCCGGCGCUGUAACGACACAGAGAAAUACUCCAAUCUCCGCUGUGGAGUAUCAUUGAUGGCACGAUUCACAUCAUACCAACAUCUUGGAAUUGAAUUUAUGGAGGCAGAGGAGCUGUACCAGCGGCGGGUGUUGACCAUCACAGGCAUCUGUGUGGCACUGUUGGUAGUGGGCAUGGUCUGUGUGGUGGCAUACUGCAAAACCAAGAAACAGAGGAAGAAGAUACAUGGCCACCUGAACCAGAACGUCAACCAGAACCAGUGUGUGGAGCAGCCCAACCGCAUGCUGGCUAACGGUCCCAACCACCCCGGGCCAGGGCCUGAAGAGAUCCCCAUGGUGGACUACAUCUCAAAGAACGCUCCUACCACAGAGUGUAGUAUAAUACAGCAUGGACCAGAAGAAGCUGUAAACUACGCAGGAAGCCGAAUGUCCACCAGAUCCCACCACUCAUCUACAGUCUCCCACAACUCCAGACAUGAGGAGCGGACGUGGAGUAUAGAGAGGACAGACAGUAUGAACUCAGACUGCCAGUCGGGGGCGCUCUCCUCGUCAGUGGGCACCAGUAAAUGCAGCAGCCCYACCUGCAUGGAGGCACGGGCACGGAGGGCCGCCUACUGGGGCUGUUCUGAGGGAGCCAGCCUGCAGUAUGGAGACUCCUACGACUCUCUGAGAGACUCACCUCACAGUGACAGGUACGUGUCAGCGUUGACCACACCAGCCCGUCUGUCGCCCGUCCAGUUCCACUACCCCCCACUGCCCCCCCAAGUGCCCACCUUCCAAAUCACAUCCCCCAACACAGGCCACGCCCUCACCCUGCUGCCCGCUGCCGCAGCCUACCAGCGGGAUGACGACCAGCCUCUGCUGAGAUGCCCACAGGAUGGACGGUUGUACCGGCAGCCCCGUCGCCCGCGCCAACCCUACCUGACAGAGAGCACGGGCAGCCUUCCAUCUAGCCCCUAUCAUCUCCCUGACGACGAGGCCUACGAGACCACGCAGGAGUACGCCUCCUCCCGUGAACCAAUCAGGAGCCGCCGGCGCCCGCGUCGGAACCGCCUCAAUGGACAUGUCUCCCAGCGUACAAUGGGCCUACGGGACAACAGCUCUCAGAGCUUCAGCCAAUCAGAGGAGGAGGAGGAGGAGGAAGAGGAGGGGCAAGGAGAGAGCACUCCUUUCCUCAGUAUGCAGAACAUGAACAUGGAGCCGUGCGAACGUGGGUACCGAUCAUCUARCGCCCCUGCCCCGACCGCCAACAUACGGACUCACCGGGCGCAGGGGCGGCCAAGCACCCGCAGCAACGGACACAGUAAAAGCUCCCAGUCGCGCUCCUCCAAAAAUGACAACGCACCCCUUUAAGACCCGCCGCCUUGACCACUGACCUCUAACCCCUGACCCCGACCCCCCUGACCCACCUAAAAACAACAGUGGAGUAGAGACCUGCACCUAGGAGAAAUAUUUUUAUUUUGUAUAAGAGACAGAUAUUCUAAAUAAAUGAAAUAUUUAUUUUCAUUUCAGCAAAAAUUGUCUACUAGCUAACAGCAAAGACUUUUUUUAUAGGGAAAAUAUUUAUAUGUAAAGUUUUUGAUUUACAGCGUUAUGAGAGAAAAAAUGAUUACGUGCCAAUUUUUUCACGAGUUAGAUAAUAGAAUAAUAUUGUGGUGCCUUUUGCUGUGUGCUGAAGCCAGAGGUCCAGUUGAGUUUUUGUAGCCUUUCUAAUACAGACUCCUCAUUUUAUAGACCUCUUUACUUUGACUUCCUCUGAUUUAGGAUCUCCCUGUUUGAACUGUGAUAUGAUUCUGUCAUCAUGCAAUAUGAAUCACCCCUGUGUAACGGUGUAUGUUUACAUGAGUAUGAUCCACACGCAGUUGUUUUUUCACGGGGGACAUUUAUCACAGACGCAACUGGCUGUGGUGUCCUGUCCUGGUACAGGAAGUGAGGCGCUAGUUGUUGAUGAGUCGCUCCAACAAACUCACAUCAGUCAUUCAUGUCAUCAUCCGUCCGCCUGUCAUCGUAUGUGUAUUGUUUCAGAGGAAUGCAGGUGAUCCAAGGUACCUGCACAGGUGUUCAGGGUUUCUAAAUGGGAAUGAGUGUAGGGGACGGUUGUGGUGUGUGUGUGUGUGUGCGUGUGCGUGUGCGUGUGCAUGCAUGUGUGUACGCACUCCAUGAUGAGUUGUAGUCUGGUCACAGCAAGGGAGACAUGAGUGUCCAUUCAGCUAUAAGGGUGUAGUCACUGUUAAACUGACAUACUCAACCGGCCAAUUGUCAUGCUGCCAGAAGCUCCAUUGCACUGUAAAACCUCCAUCCAUGAGCAUUCAUUGGCCAGGGAGCUGCCAAUCCUACCAAUCCAGUCAAUCCAGCCUGAUUCUGGCCUACAUGGACUGCCCUCCCCCAUUCCUAUGCCAGCAGCUUAACUAAAGCCGCACUGUGUCUCAGGACUUUCACAUCCCAUCAAGAAAAAGACUCCAUUUCCCAAGAGCCACCAUGGUCCAUAGGCCAGAUCCAUUAUGUCCCUCUUCCUUGUCUGUUUUCAUCUGUGAUAUAGUAUGGAGCUAUGGAAACUCUUGAAACUUGAAAAAAAAGUGGGUUUUAAAAAUGCCAAAAUACGCUGAUAUGGAGUUCAUGUUGAGGCUCUUGGAUGAUUGUUCUAUGACAGUGUAAUGACACAGGUUUGUUCUGUGAUGAUGAUGAUGAUGACGGCAUUGGCUCGUAGUGAUGAUGGCACUGGUUUGAUUUGUGCUGUGACAAGUGACACAGGUUCAUUUUAAAGUCUCUCCUAUGUUGACUGACUCACUGCAGUGUGUUUGAGUCUGUUCAGUUUGUCUUUUUUUAAUCAUAGCCAACACACAGUAUGGUAUUAUCGAUUAUUGCAUUAUUUUUUGCAUUCCUAUACCUUUAUUAUUAACACAAGUAUAACUUGCUUGGUCAUAUUGACUGAAUGAUCUGAUAUGUGUCUGUCUCUGUCCGACCCCGCCCUCUUGACAAUGACAUCAUAGAGUAUGACAUAACCUAUUAUCAUGGGAUAUGUUAGAUUUACACAUUACAACAGCUUGUCCACUCCGCUAUGGGUUACAGGCAUUCCUCAGAAAGGGUCCACCUCAGAAAUACUAUGAGAUUAAAUGGACAGAGAGCAUCCCGCUCCUCUACCUAAAAGAAAAAGAGAGUCCCCAUGAGUUGGUUUUAAAUGAAACAUUUUAUUUGCCCCUUUACCAGUAGAGUCUCACAGGAGAUGCAUGUAUCACAAAAAAACGUUAUAAUAAGUACCAUAUAAAAAAUGACAACCAACUCCUUUGAUGAAAUCAGAGGAUUAUUGUGGAAUAUCAUUUAGAGAUAUACAUGUUAUUUUCAUGGCCCAAAGUUCUGGCUAGUUUGUCUUAGUAACACUGUAUUCAAUCUGAGAUUUGCAAUGUGGUAUACUGCCAGUGACGGUAGUGUGCUUCUAGUGGUAGUUCAAAUGUAAAAUCCCCCUUACCUCCUUCCCUUGCAACCAAUCCUUCCUACCUUCCACAUUUACUCUCUCUUUCUCUCUCACACACACACACAACACACACACACACACACACACA